AACAAGAAUAUCUUAACAACAUGAUUAUUUCACCAACCUAAUUCUUCAAGGCUACAAUACAAAGACUAAAAGAGACCACUUUUUCUUAGGCAUUAGGUAUAUGUGUUUCAAAUUGAAAUAAUGUGACAUCUCCUUUACAACUAUAUAUGCACGGUACCCCGUUACAAAAAUAUUAAGUGACCUACUCCAUUUCCUUUUCAUUAUAUAAGGAAAUCCAACUAUAGGCUUCUUCACUAAAAAUUAAACCUCACAAUUAAAGAAAACCAACUCUCCAUCAACAAAAAAAAAAAAGAAAAAAAAAAGAAAUUACAAAGCAGGAUGGGAAAAUAUUUGGCUGGGAUUUUUUUGUUCAUGUGUUGUGUUGUUCCAAGUUUGGCCACAGUUCAUACUGUUGGAGACUCAUCUGGGUGGGGACUUAGUGUAGAUUAUGGUACUUGGGCAAGUGGAAAAACUUUUAAAGUUGGUGAUUCACUUGUUUUCAACUAUCCAAGUGGCCACACAGUAGAUGAAGUAAGUUCAAGUGAUUAUGCUUCAUGCAGUACUAGCAACUCCCUAUCAACUGACAGUAGUGGUGCCACCACUAUCCCUCUCAAGACCUCUGGUGCUCAUUACUUCAUUUGUGGAGUAAUGGGCCAUUGCAGCGGCGGCAUGAAGCUCUCAGUCACCGUAGCCGCCGCUGCUAGCAGUGGUGGUGGAGGUGGUGGUGCGACCACGCCAGCACCUGACACCACCACACCAACAACAGGGACCCCAACAACUGCAAAACCUGACACUACUAGUACUACUACGACGAAACAUCCAUCGGGAGCAGUAACAUUGUCACCAUUUAUGACUUUGUUGAUUUGUGGAGUUGUUGGAAUGUUUAGUUACUAUUUUGUUGUUUAAUACGCUUGGCCAGGAUAGAGGCAGUGCCUAGUAGAACAAGUCCCUCUUGCUUUCUUGAAUUUUCUGCUUUUUAAUUUCUAUUUCUUUGCUUUUUGAAAGUUGUUGUGUUGAUAAAUGUACUACUCUCUCCGUUUUAAUUUAUUUGUAUUAGUAUUUUUCUGUU